AUGGCACCCACACAGACUCAGUACGUGAUCAACGCCAGCCAGCCGGUGAGCGACAAGAUCUUCGACCUGGCCGCGUUCGAGAAGUUCCUGCACGACCGCAUCAAGGUCGAAGGCCGCACCAACAACCUCGGCGACAAUGUCUCCAUCUCGCAGGUCGGAGAGGGCAAGAUCGAGGUCGUCGCACACAUUCCUUUCUCGGGCCGCUACUUGAAAUACUUGUACGUUUGCAGGGUUCCUUGGCAAGAAAGGGGACAGCGGGCUAAUACUUGUGGGCACAGGACCAAGAAGUUCCUCAAGAAGCAGCAACUCCGUGACUGGCUCCGUGUGGUGUCUACGAGCAAGGGUGUUUAUGAGCUUCGAUUCUUCAACGUGGUCAACGAGGAGGGCGAUGACGAUGACGAGUAG